AUGAUCCUGAUUCUAUAUACUCUAAUCUUUCUCGCUGGAUUUUCGGCAAGCACAUCGUUGCGAAAUGUCUUGAAGGACCCCAGACCUCAAACUCCCAACCGGCUCAGUACAGGAAAACCAAGAACAAGAGGGUUUUCGACCGUGGUUUCGACAAAACCUCAGCCCAUCCCUAGUAUCCAGAGCCUUGAAACGGUUCCACGGCCCCUCCAAGAUGACCUAGAAGAUAAGACAUCGACUCAAGUCAAAGAGAAAAAGCAGGAACAACGCUUCGGAGACAAGGUUCCUGGCCAGGAUUCACAGCCCCCAGUUUCUAACAGCACCGGUAUCUCUGUCAAUCGCAGAACAGGCCGCGAAGGUUUGUUUUAUUGGGCGGAUAUGAGAGUAGACUGUCAUAAUCCGUCCGAGACUAUCCGAGCUACGGUUUCUAACUACGCUUCUUGGGACAAUGUUGGUCUUGGGCCUGACUACUACGUCGACUGGAAUUUUUUAGUCAGGGAAUUCGGUGAGGCCAGUGUCCUUAACCUUAUCGGUGAAAGGUCGCUACAUUGCCUGGAUUGUGACUGUGAGACCGAGCUUGAGGACGAAGAGGGCCAGUGGGGGCUCAAGCCUAGCGAUACAAGCGCUAACUGCGAUACUCAGGUGAAGGCUGACAUUUGCCAGUUAAUAUAUAAUUGUGCGUGUCAAGAAUUUCUCGCUUUUCAAGACGACCUGAUACGUGGGAGAGGCGGUGUUCUUUAUAAAAAGGGAGAACAAAACAAUGGAAAGUAUUUUAAAGGCCCUGUGGGAGAUCCUAGCCAUAAGAGAAUACAAUCGGAUCCUUACAGCGACCAGAUUUGGGGAGGAGGUCAUCAAAUUCAAGGUUACAUGGAGGAUAUGGAAGAUUUAAUAUCAACAAAACCAAGCUGGCGCCAACUUGUUCCUGAUACCAAAGAACCGUAUUAUCUCGAAGGUCCUGAGGAAUUUGAAGACCCCCGUUUUGAAUCCCUUGCUAGAAUAGGAGCGCUCGCUGCUGGGUAUGGAACCUUUUUGGCAAACAAGGCAAUGUCAAGGUUUCCUAGAGCUAGAGGUAGUAAAAGCUCUUUGUGGAAACGAGAGAACCCGGAUGUUGAUAGUUUUGAAGGAUUCCAGACUCCAAAGAAAUUAGAAAGAACCCCUGCUACCUAA